AUGGAGUAUGAAAUACCUCCCAAAGGGAUUCUCAAGAACGAAGCUCUCAAACAGUACAUCAUGGAAACGUCAGCGUAUCCAAGAGAGCACGAGUUGCUUACGGAACUUCGGAAAAAAACAGUUGUGAAAUAUGGCAAUUUAAGCGAGAUGGGGGUUCCGGUUGAUGAGGGUCAUUUUUUAUCGAUGCUUCUAAAGAUCAUGAACGCUAAGAACACUCUCGAGCUCGGUGUUUUCACCGGUUACUCUCUUCUCACCACGGCUCUUGCUUUGCCUGAAGAUGGUCGUAUAACUGCCAUAGAUAUUGACAAAGAAACUUACGAAGUGGGACUAGAGUUUAUCAAGAAGGCAGGUGUCGAUCACAAGAUCAAUUUCAUCCAUUCCGAUGGUAUUAAAGCCCUAGACCAAUUGGUGAACGACUACCAGGAGUUUGAUUUCGCAUUUGCGGAUGCUGACAAGUCAAACUACGUCAACUUCCAUGAGAGGCUUCUGAAACUGGUGAAGGUUGGAGGAAUCAUUGCCUUCGACAACACCUUGUGGUUUGGUUUUGUUGCUGAGGAUGAAGAAGGAGUUCCUAGGCAUAUGAGGGAAUACAGGCGAGCUCUUAUAGAAUUCAAUAAGAUGUUGGCUUUGGAUCCUCGAGUCGAGAUCUCUCAAAUCUCCAUUGGAGAUGGGGUCACGCUCUGUAGACGCCUUGUAUGA